AUGGCUGUAAUAAGUGACAUGAACAACGAGGACCCAUUCGGUCCUAAUUACGACAGAAAAGUUUGCAGCCAAAAAGUCUGGACUUUAUAUAAGAAUCUAAGUUCCUCAUCGCAAAACAACGAGCAACAAACACGUCUUUUGUUGGCGUUAAAAUAUUUUUUAGGCGAAGGAAACGUCUAA